GCGCCCUGUCCGACCAAAUGUGUGCAAAUUGCUCCGUGACCGCAGUCCAUCGCAGGGAGUCGAUCGCAAAGCACACACUCUCUCUGCUCGAGCACUCGAACAAAAUUUAGCAAAAAGGCUGUAAUAGGUGUUUCUAUUUCGUAAAUAAUAUUGAAAUGUCAGAAUUUCUCACCUACGUCGGCUUCUAUGCCCUCUCCGCUUAUCUCUAUGAGCAAUUGCGAACGCCCCUCAGGCUACUAGGGAUGUGGUUAAUGAAUAUUGUGAAAACUAAGCCCACUCUCCAGGAGCGCUACGGCGACUGGGCGGCGGUCACAGGGAGCAGCGAUGGCAUUGGAAAGGAAUACGCCAAGGAGUUGGCCCGCCAGGGCAUCAACGUUGUCCUGAUCGCCAGGAACGAGGAGAAACUAAGGGCGGUGGCCAAGGAGAUUGAAAUCGAGUCUGAAGUUAAAACAAAAAUUUUAAUUGCUGAUUUUACAAAAGGCACUGAGGUCUAUGAGCAUAUUGAAAAGGAACUUGCCGAUGUGCCUAUUUCCAUACUAGUUAACAACGUGGGUUCUGGAAAACCCCUCUCGUUGCUAAAAUGGAGCCAGGAAGACACUCAGAACAUCAUUGAGACCAAUGUGGUGGCCGUUUCGCAUUUGUCCCGCAUCUUCUUCAAGCGGAUGAAGGCGGCUGGCAUUAAGGGAGCGAUUGUCAAUGUCAGCUCCGGAACUGAGCUCCAGCCCCUUCCCUAUGGAGCCUACUAUGCCGCCUCGAAGGCCUACACCCGGAGCUUCACGCUGGCACUGAAGGACGAAGCCAAACCCUUCGGGAUACACGUGCAAUUGUUGUCCCCAAACUUUGUUGUCACCAAAAUUAAUUCGUACUCCAGUCGGAUCAUGGAGGGAGGACUGUUCAUUCCCACGGCCGAGGAGUAUGCCCGGAGUUCUGUGAGUCAGUUGCGGGAUGGAGUGGACGAGACACCUGGCUAUUUCUGGCAUCACGUCCAAAAUGCCAUUGCAACGGCCUUAACCUGGCGGAUGCGGACGUUUGUCUGUUUCAAGUUCUUUAUCAAUGUUACGGAUAAGCCAAAACGAAAGGAGCAAGGGAAAUAAUCAUAAUUUAAUUAUACUUAAAUAAUAAAUAAAUAAUAAAAAAUAAUCAUUAUUCUUAAAAACAA